AUGGCUCCCGCAGGGACACCUUCAUCAAAUGGAGGUCUACCACCGCCUGUAGGACCUGCACUGACCGGCACGUCGUUUGCCAAUUAUAAAAGGACUUGGUGGAGGAAAGUAGCCCCCUGCUUGGCGUUUCUCGCCGCCUUUUCCACCGCUAUGGUUCUGCUUCUUGUCUGGAGCGAAGCUGCGGCUUUGAGGAGACAGGCGUUUGACGCGAACAUGACUAGAGACUACGUGUUGGACAGCGUCUCGAUGGACAAUCCGCAAUUGGUCGCGUACAUACGGCAAGUGCAUUUGAAACCGACUACUCGUCUGGAUCCAUUGAACGCCAAUCAGACGUCAGAGGAGAAGUACGUGGCCUCUUUGUCGCAGGGGAAGCGCGAGGGUAUCUACGCGGAGUACAUCAGCAGGAUAGGUGCGAUCUCUAGCACCGCUUGGCUAGAAUCCAAUCUGAACUGGCGCGGUGUCCUGAUACUCACCGAGCCCAAGAGCUUCUUCGAAGCCCAACGAAGUACCAGGCACCCGCGAUCGAGGGUCCUCCAUGCCUGUCUCAGCACGGACACGGAUACCAAAGAGAUAAAGUACCAUCAGGAAUCGGAGGUCCAGGUCACCAAGCUAGGCGACGGUCCUAACAGCCUCGUGUCGUCGGACGAUGGUUUUCCUACCACUAGACUCAAGUGCUUUCCUCUCUACAGCGUGCUGCUGGCGUACAAUGCCACGAUCUUGGAUUACUUGAGUCUUGACAGUCCCGACGCUCCCGAUGGCCAGGUACUCGAUACCAUCCCAUGGGACAUCAUAAAAAUAUCGAUACUGUCGAUACGAUGGAGUCCUCAUCACAGCGAGGCGGAGACCAAGAGUUUCAUCGACAAGAUGACCAGCCGGAGGUACAAGCUCGUACACACGACAGACACCGGGAAGUCGAUUUUCUUGUACGACACUCUCCUUAAGAUUUGACUGAGGUUACAGAAUGGUAUGGAUAUAUAAAUAUAGGAUAUAUGAAAUAAUUUGAGCGACUCGAGAGACAACCCACCUUACCGCACCUUCGAUCCGUUCUUAAUAUUUUAUUUCACCGCCUGGAAAUAUUCCUUUCAUUUGCAGCGCGAUAUCAUGCAAAGGUCGUAAAAGAACAACUCGUUACGGUAACGAGGAUCCCAGACGUAAUCAAUCGCGAAAUUCGUUUUGCGCCGAAUUC